CAGUGCUGCGCGGCGGGUUGCGGGUCGCGCGCUCUGCAGGGGUCAGCGCCGUGGCAACAGGAGACAGCGGCGCCUCUGCACGUCCCAGGAGCCGGGGAAGCGGCCGGCAGACGUGUCCGGAGGAGCCAGGAGGCGCCGGGAGAGAGCAGAGGCCCGCACUUUCACCCGGGCCGCCGCGCAGAGACGUCGCCGCGGACAUGGACAGCCAGGAGUUCCGCCGGUUCGCCGGCGCCGCAGUCGACUACGUCGCCGACUACCUGGACCACAUCCGCGACAGGCCCGUGCUGCCCUCGGUGGAGCCCGGCUACCUCAGACACCUGGUGCCCGACGACGCCCCAGAGCAGCCCGAGUCCUGGCGCAGCGUGCUGGACGACGUGGAGAGGGUCAUCAUGCCCGGGAUGACGCACUGGCACUCGCCGCAGUUCCACGCCUACUAUCCCACCGCCAACUCGUACCCGGCCAUCGUGGCUGGCAUCAUCUCCGACGGCCUCGGCGUCAUCGGCUUCAGCUGGAUGGCCAGCCCCGCCUGCACGGAGCUGGAGAUGCUGGUGACGGACUGGCUGGCCAAGAUGCUGGACCUGCCCAGGCACUUCCUGAACCACGAGCCGGGCCCAGGGGGAGGAGUCAUCCAGGGGUCGGCGAGCGAGGCGACGCUGGUGGCGCUCCUAGCGGCCAGGGAGCGCACUGUGCGGCGGCUGAGGGCGGAGCGCCCCGACUGGGACAAGGGCUACAUCCAGGCGCGGCUCGUGUCCUACAGCUCAGACCAGUCCAACUCGUCGGUGGAGAAGGCAGGUAUGCUGGGGUCGGUGCCCAUGCGACUGCUGGCCACAGACAACAAGUGCCGGCUGAGGGGACCCAUCCUGCGAGAGGCCAUCAGGAAGGACAAGGAGGCGGGCUUCAUCCCUUGCUGCGUGGUUGCGAACUUGGGCACCACAGGCACCUGUGCCUUCGACGCCCUGGAGGAGCUCGGCCCCAUCUGUGAAGAAGAGAACGUGUGGCUCCACGUGGAUGCUGCAUAUGCAGGCGCGGCCUUCAUCUGCCCCGAGUUCCGGCACCUGAUGGCGGGCGUGGAGCUCGCAGACUCCUUCAACUUCAAUCCGCACAAGUGGAUGCUCGUCAACUUCGACUGCUCGGCCAUGUGGGUAAAGGAUUCUACUUAUCUCGUGGAUGCCUUCAAUGUGGACCGCAUAUACCUGAAACACGAUCAACAAGGACAGAUGCCCGACUACAGGCACUGGCAGAUCCCCCUGGGCAGGCGGUUCCGCUCGCUGAAGCUGUGGUUCGUGCUGCGACUGUACGGCGUGCAGGGUCUGCAGAGCCACAUCAGGAAGCAGGUGGCUCUGGCCAAGCAGUUCGAGGACCUGGUGCGCUCCGACCACCGCUUCGAGAUCGUUUCCGAGCACAGCAUGGGUCUCGUCUGCUUCCGGCUCAAGGGAGAGGACGACCUCACGAAGACACUGCUGGAGCGGCUGACGGCGCGCCAGAGGGUCUACAUGAUCCCCACGGUGGUGCUGGGCGCGUACGCACUCAGGUUCGUGGUGUGCAGCCGGCUGUGUGAGCUGCGUGACGUGCAGUUCGCCUGGCAGGAGGUGCGCGACCAGGCUCUCCUCGUGCUGGGGCCAGGCGGCGAGGUCACGUCCGCCGGGUCGGCCGUGAGCUUCGACGUCGACGGGACUUCCACCAACGGCCACGCCGAUGGAGCGGCCAUGAGCUUCGACGUCGACGGUACACCCACCAACGGCCACGCCAAACACCCCAAUGGAGCGGCCAUGAGCUUCGACGUCGACGGUACACCCACCAACGGCAAUAUCGCUGGUUCAACUACGAACGGCAACUCCGACGAGACACCCAAGAACAACAACAUUGGCCCAACACCCACGAACGGGCAAGCGAACGUUCCGCCCCGCCCACUUAAGGCAGUGCUUGCGGAUGAGUGCAGCAGUCUGACGGGCGGUAAGGUGAAUGGGAUGACCUUGAAAGGCGGAGGGAACGCGCAGACCGCCACUGCCAAGGACGUCUACACAAAUGGCGGCAACAGCCUGCAGAAUGGAAGCAACACCGAAGUGGUGUUGAAUGGCAAGUCCUAGGGUGCUGCCUAUUGUCACAUCAAAUACUGGAAGAUAAUGGUGUGCUCAUGUGGUACAAGAAUAAAUUUCAUUUCAACUGGAAAAAAGACUAUUUUUAACAGAUCGUGAUACAAUUUUUUGUUUAUGUUAGCAUUAAAGUGAGAGGUAUAAAAUACCCUUGAUAGUUUUCAGCAAGAAUUUAUUAGUUUAAAAUUGGUUCCAGUCUUUAUCGGUAGUAGACAUAUGCUAAAAUAGAAUGUAGAGAGAAAAUACCUUGAAUUUUAUGUGUUUAAAACACAACAACAUGAUACUUUUGUGUGAAGAUAACUUGUAAUACAUAGAAUAAGUAGUAUUAAUAUUAGCAAUGCAAGUUCACAUACAAAGACACUUCAAGCCACUGUGUGACACAUUGCAGUACGAAAGUAAUUUGUUAUUUUUAUCUUAAUUACAAAGUGGAUAAUUUAUAUUUUGAAUAGGCCUAGUUGACUAAAUUUAUACUGUCUCAAAUAUUUUGUCUUUUUAUGUGUUUAUGUCAUACAUCCAAUGGCUUAACACCGUAUGAUUUAGUCAAAAUUUAUUUAGCAAUUUACUGAUUUUCUUUUAUACCUACAGCCAUGGAACAUAUAUCAUUCAGUGUAGUCCAUAGCAAUGAAAAAAAAAAAAUAAAAAAAAUAAUCAGUGUCUCAAAUAAGUAAUAUUCAAAUACAAAUCUAUUGAAAUAUUUAUUUAAUCUUUGUGAGAAACUGCGAUGAUUAUGUCAGUAUUUAUAUUAAGUUUUACAAAUUAAAUAUGCUAAUGCAUCAACUGUAAUUGUAAAACUAUAAAUAUAAUUAAUAAUUUAAGCACAUAACUUAUAUUUCACUUGAAAAACUCAGUUAACAAUGACGAUAUUUUGAAAAUAAUUAAAUUUGAUAAAUUAAAAAAAAAUUACAACGGUUUUACAGUAUUAUUAUGUACUUCAAUGUAGACAACCCCAGGAAUGGACUGAGGUCUGUACGUACUGAAGUGACUGUCCCCAGGCACAACUAGGUCCUAGCCCUCCUUCCCCCACCAGGCGGUGGCUAGGAGGUGUCGGGGAGACAGACAAACACAGCUGUUCAGUCAAGUGCAACUUGUAAAUUCCUGUCAUAUAAAGUACGAUAUAACUAAAGGAAUUUUCUGACAACCAUUCAGGCUUGCAAGGUUCAUGAAACUUUCAUAUUUUAAUUUAAAGUGUGUCAUUAUUUAAACAGUAUAUGAAAUAUUUGUAAUGAAAAGAUUUGUACUAAGUUUGUUUAGUUGGCUUGGUUUAACUGUUUCUAUAUUAAAGAUAUACCUUCAAA